ACGGCACCUCGUCCCUAGCAGCCACGAAGCAGCAACGCCCCUCCGUAUAAAAGCCGAGCAGCCUCACUGCCGAUGAUUCCAGCGCUCAACAAAUGGGCCCCAGCGGCGGAAUGGGCUAACGGGCAUCACCAUCGAUGGGAAACAGCCUGAUUAAUAAACCCCGGCAGUGAGGGCGCAAAGCCUGGACGCCAGGGCCGAGCACGUCCGGCUCCUGCACCAGCUUCGUCGACUCACGCCCAAGGUGGGCGCGGCGCCCAGGACGCGGAUUUGAUACAUGAUAAGUAGAUCUCAAACAGCUGAGGUUUUAUCUGAAUAAGUCCCUGAAGCCAUCCCAGAAGGUCUGCAUGCAGGUGUAUGUGGCAUAGUGUCUGAUACUAAUUAACCCAGGAGAUCAAAAUGAUUCUCAACUCUUCCACUGAAGAUGGCAUUAAAAGAAUCCAAGAUGACUGCCCCAAAGCUGGAAGACACAACUACAUAUUUGUCAUGAUCCCUACUUUAUACAGUAUCAUCUUUGUGGUGGGAAUAUUUGGAAACAGCUUAGUGGUGAUUGUCAUUUACUUUUACAUGAAGCUGAAAACCGUGGCCAGUGUUUUUCUUUUAAAUUUAGCACUGGCUGACUUAUGCUUUUUACUGACAUUGCCUCUAUGGGCUGUAUACACUGCAAUGGAAUACCGCUGGCCUUUCGGCAAUUACCUAUGUAAGAUUGCCUCAGCCAGUGUCAGUUUCAACCUCUAUGCCAGUGUGUUUCUACUCACAUGCCUUAGUAUAGACCGCUACUUGGCUAUUGUUCACCCCAUGAAGUCCCGUCUUCGUCGCACAAUGCUUGUAGCCAAAGUCACCUGCAUCAUUAUUUGGCUGCUGGCAGCUUUGGCUAGUUUGCCAACUAUAAUCCAUCGAAAUGUAUUUUUCAUUGAGAAUACCAAUAUUACAGUUUGUGCUUUCCAUUACGAAUUCCAAAAUUCAACCCUCCCCAUUGGACUGGGCCUAACCAAGAAUAUUCUGGGUUUCUUGUUUCCUUUUCUGAUCAUUCUUACAAGUUAUACACUUAUUUGGAAGGCCCUCAAGAAGGCUUAUGAAAUUCAGAAGAACAAGCCAAGAAAUGAUGAUAUUUUCAAGAUAAUUAUGGCAAUUGUGCUUUUCUUUUUCUUUUCCUGGGUUCCCCACCAAAUAUUCACUUUCCUGGAUGUCUUGAUUCAGCUGGGCAUCAUACAUGACUGCAAAAUUGCAGAUAUUGUCGACACGGCCAUGCCCAUCACAAUUUGCAUAGCUUAUUUUAACAAUUGCCUGAAUCCUCUUUUUUAUGGUUUUUUGGGGAAAAAGUUUAAAAAAUAUUUUCUUCAGCUUCUGAAAUACAUUCCUCCAAAGGCCAAAUCCCACUCAAACCUAUCAACAAAAAUGAGCACACUUUCCUACCGCCCCUCAGAUAAUGGAAGCUCAUCCUCCAAGAAGCCAGCCCCACGCUUUGAGAUUGAGUGACAGACUUCAAACCUGUCUAAGAAUUUAUCUUAUGAAACAAGGAACAAGAAAAACAUUCCUCUACAGCACUUCACUAUGAAGUGAAUGUUAGCUACUUUUUCCCCAAAUUUAAGAAGAAAAUGGAUUAUGUGGUCUCUACCUAUUUUUCUAAAUCUUUAAACAAAAGCUUUUCUUUCCCUUUGCAAUAAAACUAAGCAAAGGUACAUUUGUCUCAUUUUGCAUUACAUGCAUGAUGGCUGCUCCAAGGAGGAUGUCAAAAGUUGAAUGAAUGUGUUCUUUUGGAAAGUUUUAUGGGCAGAAAUGCAGUCUCCCCAGUCUUUUCUUGUUCUUUUCUUUUUGAUCUCCACAUGCAGAUAUUUAGAAUAUAUUACAUACCUUUAGUGCUGCCACAGGAGAUCAGAGUGCAAGAUCAUGCUGCCUAGUUCCCAAAGGACAGUAAAGCUUCAUGCCUAUGUAGCCAUUAGCAGCAGUGGUCCACUUGCAAUCACAUGUUUUGUUCAAAGACCCACUGAGCAGUUGUCAAAUUUCAACCUUUUGUGAAAUUCACCCAGUGUCUUACAAAUUCACAUUGCCAAAAAUUGCCAGCUAACUGGUUUAUUUGUAUAGGGAUCUUACUAAAGUCACGUAUAAAGGUUAAAUUACUAGCAAAGUUGUUACUCUGUCCCUAGGUAGUUGUGUCUUCCUCAUCAUAUUUGAGAAGUAUAUAUGUUUUGUGGUGAAAGAGACCGUAUAAGUAUACUUUACUGUUUUAGAAAGUAUAUAGUCUACCUACAUACAUAAUGUGUAUAUCUCUAAACUGUUGAUUAAAACAGUUAUAUUUACAUUAAAAUAAAUAAUUUCAUUAUAAUGUACUUACUCUCCAUUUCUUAAAAUAGAUGCUGGUUUAAUUUUAAAGUGAGAUAACAGUGAUUAAGUAUAAACAUUUUUCCAUUUAAAUUGAGAUACAAUUGGUAGUUUAAUACUGUUGGUGAUAGAUUUUGUAUCCUGCCACAAAGAACACAUUUUAAUCCACUAUAUAACAUGGAAUAAUCACAUAGCUUUGCGUUUUCCAAAAUUUAUGUAUGACAAAGAAAAAAAACGUAUUCCGUCCACUAAAAUAAUACAUCAUUUUAUACAUAAUUUUAAUAGGACAUAUCCAUUUAUAUACAUGAUCAUUAUAGGAAAUUGAAAAGGCAUAGGAGAGCAUUAAAAGGUCAUGUUUAGUUCCUCUGCUGAAAAGUAGCAAUUUUUUGCAUUUGGGUGGUCUACAUUUUUAAUAUUCAUUACACAUAAGUACAAAGAUAAAUCAUGAUAUUGGGAUCAUAAUGUGAAUAUUAUUUUCAUUUU